UUGGUGGCGGUAAAUGCACCAUAAGUUGGUUUGCCAUCCGCCAUAAAAAGUCAAUAGAAGAAGAAGACGAGCCUGACAAAACAAACGGAGAAAUAGGUUGUAAGAAAGAUCAUUUUUAAGACAGGUCGGUUUCUUCGAACCACACACAGAUCAAGAUUUGCACCUUCAGUAAACCAAUUUUUAAAUAAAUACAGGAAUAAUUCCUAUUAUUCUACAAGUGAAGGAGCCACCUCAUCCAAAAGUAGAAAUGGCACAAAGUGAUAAAUCAACUAUGACACAGUCCUGUCAAAGUAUAAUCAUAAAAGAGGAGAGUGAAGAUAUGACUGUCACAGACCCAUGCAGAGAAAUAAAUGAAGACAUUGAGGAACAAACAGACCGGGUGGAACUGGAGGAAACCUCAGCAUCAGGAACAUCAUAUAACUCCAUAUUUCCAGAAGAAUCUUCAGUUGAAAUGAAUCUUCAGAAGAAAAGCCCGCACGAAACAGAAGACCAAUCUUUAACUUGCCCUCACUGUGGAAAGGGAUUUAGUAGAAAAGCAAACCUUACGUCGCACAUAAGAAUUCACACCGGAGAAAAUCUUUCCACUUGUCCUCAGUGUGACAAAAGUUUUACAAGCCCAGGAAAACUUCGAGAUCACAUCAAAAUUCACACCGGAGAGCGCACAGCCACGUGUCUUGAGUGUGGAAAGAGCUUUCGAAGGAAAGCAAAACUUAUUGAACACAUGAGGACUCACACUGGAGAGCGCCCAUACCCAUGUCCUCAGUGUGGAAAGAGUUUCACACAUAAAAGUUAUCUUCGAGUCCACAUAAGGAUUCACACCGGAGAGCGCCCAUACCAGUGUCCUCAGUGCGAUAAAAGUUUCACACAAAAAAGUAGUCUUGAUUUCCACGUGGCAAUUCACACUGGAGAGCGCCCGUACCAAUGUCCUCAGUGUGAACAGAAAUUACCAUGCAAAAGCUCACUCAGAAGUCACCUAAGACUUCACAAUGGAGAGCUCCUUUACCCAUGUCCCAAAGAGGUCAUCGGAUAGGUAUGAUUUAUUAUGCCAAAAUUCAUACAUGACUGGAUCUUUCGUGCAUUGACACUAAACUUACAAGUUGUCCCAAUCAUGAUCCGAGGGUACUUGCGCAGUUUCACAACCUUCUGGUCAAAAGAUAUAAAAACUGAUAUUUUUGGAUAAAACUUUUGACAACUUUGGUAUAUAAUCAUGAGGUGGUCUCUUUUAAAUCUUUAGGUCAAACAGUGCCCAGUGUGUUUUGGUCUGCUGUUUUGGGUGUCGUCCAUUUUGAUUUAUGUUGUUAAAGGUGCUCUAAGCGAAUUGAAGCGUUUUAGACCAUAAAACAUUUUUUGUUACAUACCGGAAACAUCUCCUCACUAUCUGCUUGCUGCCUGUCCGCUGAUCAAACUGUAAAAAAACGCGAUCUCUGUAGAUAGCCCAGGCUUCACAAACGGCAAUAUCAACAAAUGGCCAAACCUAGCCAGCACAAAACAAAACAAAGUAUUCCAGCCAAUAAACGGCAAGAAGGAUUUGGGGGUGGGGGUUGGGCGCGUUCAUGAAAGCACGGAAUGGAGGGGGAGGAGUUAGCUACGCUCUGUCUGUUUGAAAACAGUUCAAACAUCAACAGGAAGUGACGUCGCACAUUAUUCGCUUAGAGCGCCUUUAAAUGCAUGCAUUGUACAAAUUCAAUUGUGUAUAACUUAUGUAAUAAUUGUGCAUGUUAGUAUGCUUAGAGUGGCGAGAUAGGAGUAACUGCAAAAGCGCAGAACCAGACAUCAUGAAAGUCUGAGGAUAAGCCUAAGGGGUUGUGUACACCAAACCUUUUAAACGUGGCUGAAAGGACUGGAGGACACUGAUUGCCAGCUGUUUUUCAGCUGACCACUUUGGUAGCUGUGAUACUUGAGCUGUGAGCUGGUUGGUUGUUGUUAUACUUGUUCCGCCCCUCCUCCACUGUGAUUGGACCGCCGUGUGAGAACUGACAUUGACGAGCGGAGCUUUUCAUCCAAAGUUGAAUCUCUUUCAACUCUCGACGCUCAGCGCCGAGCACGGAAAAACUGCCGAGCGCCGGUUUUCAGCACGGAAAAAAACACACAGUUUCCAUUGGAAACAAUUAAAGGGGCCAUGUCACAAGACUUUUUUAAGAUGUCAAAUAAAUCUUUGGUGUCCCCAGAGCACAUAUGUGAAGUUUAAUCUCAAAAUACCAUGUAAAUAAUUUAUUAUAGCAUGCUAAAAUUGCCACUUUGUAGAUGUGUGCAAAAAUGUGGCGUUUUGCGUGUGUCCUUUAAAAUGCAAAUGAGCGGAUGAAGUGCAAACACUGAUCACAAUGAUGGUGGUUUGUUGAAAUUGAAACUUGUGCUGUGAAUUAUUUUCUUUGUCUUUCCCUCUCUGCACUAAAUGACAGUGCUGUGAUUGGAUAGUGCAGAUUAAGGGGCAGUAUUAUUAUAAUAAGAGCUCCUUGUGACAUCAUACGGAAAGCCAAAUUUCAACAACCCUUUUUUUGCACAUGCUUGCAGAGAAUGGUUAACAAAAACUAAGUUACUGGGUUGAUCUUUUUUUACAUUUUCUAGGUUGAUAGAAGCACUGGGGACCCAAUUAUAGCACUUAAACAUGGAAAAAGUCACAUUUUCAUGGCAUGGCCCCUUUAAAAACACGCGCCGGCUGCGAGUGUAAAAGCUUUGGUGUGCACGGCCCCUAACAGUCUGAGGGCGAAAGUGGACGGAAUAGCAGUGUGUGCCCGCAUAGCUUAUUUAUUUAUUUUGUUUUUUAAUUUAUUUAUUUUCUAAGUUUGAAUUUUGUAUUUUUAAUUAUUUGUUUUUUAAUUGUAAUUACAUUUAUUUAUUUGAAGCAGGUACAGCUAGUGUGUUAUCUUUUGAUAUUUAAGAGGUAAAAAAACGACUUUAUUAAAAUUAAUCAUUUUUGUUUUUUUCACUCCACAAUAGACGGGUUGCCUGUUUACAAACAUUACAGGGUGCGCGCGCAUCCAGGAGGCAGAAAGCCCGCUUGGUGAGCGCGCGCAACCAGUGAUGAUGUCGCCGAGCUACCCAACUAUAGAAUUGUCCUUUGAGAAAAAGAAACGUUUUUCUUAGUUUAGUUGUGAUAUGGAGUAUUAAAAAUGCUUCUUCAAUAAAAUCAAA